UUCAAAAUCAGCAUAAACCCAUAUGUUAGCAUAACAUCGAAGCUUUCACAGCUGCUCCUACAAUGGCCGCCGCAUUUGGUCUUUUAAAUUUCCCUCCGGCCACCGCUCACUUCUCCAAAAACUCCCACCUAUUCCUUCUUUCGCCGUCGUACAACCCCUGCCUUCUCUCUCUGACCACCACCACCACCAAACGGCGGAGAGCCAAUCUCCAGCUGUUCAUCGUACAAUCCACACCCCAAGUCGAAGCGAUUCCCGCCGCCGUUCAAUCGGAAGCCCCCGAAGAGAACGUCGCAGAAGAAGAUGAAGUUUCUCAGACGAGGCUGCUUCUCCAGAAUGUUCCGUGGACGUGCACCGCAGAUGAUAUUCGCCCACUGGUCGAGAAAUUCGGUACCGUUGUUGAUAUUGAGUUUUCAAUGUAUAAUAAAUCUAGAAACAGGGGUUUAGCUUUUGUAACAAUGGGUUCACACGAAGAAGCUGUUGCUGCUCUUACUAGUCUCAAUUCCUCUGAAUUUGAGGGUCGAGUAUUGCAGCUGAAUUGGGCAAAGCCAAAGAAAGUGAAACCUUCGACUGUAGCGGAGCCUAAGCCGCUACCCGUACACAAUUUGUAUGUGACGAAUUUGCCCUUUCAAGCUAGGGCGAAGGAUCUUAGGGAUUUCUUUAAUGCGGAUAAUGCGAAUGUUGUUUCUGCUGAAAUCAUAUUUCAAGAUACUCCUAGGCGUUCGGCUGGUUAUGGCUUUGUUUCGUUUAAUACCAAGGCUGAGGCCGAGGCUGCACUUACCGCUUUUCAAGGGAAGGAGUUUAUGGGAAGAUCGAUUCGUGUGGCGUUCAGUAAGAGGUUUCUGAGGCAGGCGACAAAGGCAACUAUUGAAUCGGAGAGUGUUGAAGCAGCUUCUUGAAUUUUGUUUAGCAUGUGAGAAAUAUACGAUAAAGAUAACUCGUAGAGAAGAGAAGAAACUAUUGCUGCAGAAGCUGAGAUGGAGAAUCACCAUUGGUCAAAGUUGGUUGUGAAUGAAGAGACGAGUUUUGCUGAGUCAACCCGGCUUUUUUUCUAGUUACGUCUCGAUUGGAUUGGCUUCUAAUUGUCGGGGGAUAUCGUAGGAUGAGAAAGUAUGUUUAUUUUCAUCAGUAAACAAUGUAGUAAUAUUAUUUGUUUUCUGCGUUCUGAAAUUUAGUUUACAGGGAUUUCAUAUCUGUUUGUAAUAAUUUUCUGGGUCAAUCUGGAAAUAUCGUGCA